AUGCAAACUAAACCCAACAAUAAAGAAAUUCUUAAACAACGAGUGAAACAAGCUAAGCUAAUUUACUUUCCCAAUUCGAUCUCCUUUAAUAUAUCCGAAAUAAUCGGUCAUUACGGAAUCGCUGUGGAAACCGAUACAAAUGAUAUCUGGGUAAUUCAUAAUACUCAAAACGGAACGAGGAUCGAUCAAAACGAAAUUCUUGACAGAGAUUUAGUUCGAGAAUCGGAUUGGUACGAAAUCCCUAGAAUUUCGACUGUUGAGGAUUUUUAUCUCGAUUGUGGAGGCAAAAAGAGGUUUGGGUUGUUUGGCGCUGGAUAUUGUUGGAAUUCUACGGAGAGAAUGUUGAAGAAUCGGUUUAGAAGAGAGGAUGCGAAAAAACUCACUAAACAAUGGACCCCGUGGAAGAAUCCAGCAAAAUUACUUUGUACCGUUUUUGCACUUUGGUUGGUUAUUUUUUGGUGA